UAUAGGUACUUGCUACUCUCUCUAAUCCGCCAGCCAUUUCACUUAUGCGUGUCCGAGCUUGUGUUUGUUGGAUAUUGAAGUGGAAAACGUUUCACGCCUACGUGAACGUCCUUUUGCCAUUUUAUUGCCAUCUGAUUAUCCACAAACUGCGUUGAUCAUUUUCCCGUUGUACGGAGGCAUGCCUGCGUUGAUAAUCUUAAGCAAAUGGCGUGUUUUAAUGGGCGCCUCAGACUACCUGGGAAAGCCAUAAUUGUCGUGUUUUACGAGAAACGGAAUCAACAGGGAUAAGUUUGUCGCUUGCAUCGCACAUUCUAACGGAACACACGAUGGAUGAUUCCGGCGAAGAGUUGCGUUUGGAGCUGGAAGAGGACCCUGUGGAGCCGGCAGCUGAUAGCUCUGAUGGUCCGGUUGGGGACCCUUCCGUGAACCAUGACGGUGCUGAAGCGGAGCGUGAUGGACCACCUGCGGACCAUGAUGGCCCGUCAGACCAUGGUGAUGGUCCAUCAGAAAGCGGUGAUGGUCCUUCAGACCGCGGUAAUGGCACGUUAGCGAAUGAUGACGGUCUUCCAAGCGACGUGGAAGAUCCGUCUAACCACGGUGAUGGUUCGACCGUAGACCGUGACCACCCGUCGGACAAGUGUGACGAUCCGUCGGGUGAAUGUGUGAACUCGACCGGGGACGAUAAAGGUCCGUCAGACAGUUGUGAUGGCUCGUCCGGAGACGAUAAGGACCUGUCGAACCAGGAUAUCGUCACGCCUACUAACCCUGGCCACAAUGACGACUCGCCCAGAGAUUGUGAGGACCCGUCUGGUGACAGCGAGCCUGAGAAGUCUGAUGGCCCGACGGACCAAGGUGACGGCUCGUCGGAUGAUCAUGACAACAUCACGAAGAAUAUUGAUGGUUCGUCUGCUGACCAUGGUGGCUCGUCGAGGAAUAUUGAUGAUUCGUCUGCCGACUGCGACGGCCCGUCUACUAGCGAUGACGGCCCACAUGACGCGGUUGAAUGUCUGGAGAGUGCCGAAGCGGCCGACACCGCUGAAGUGGCUGAAGAGGUGCGGUUACGACGACUCACGUGUGCUCCACCGCCUGAUUCCGAGGCGGCCGAUGAAGAACGACGUCGACGUGAGGCGGCUGCUUUGACUGAGGCGUUGCAAGAGGGUGUUUCGGUCCAUUCUGUGGCGAAGAAGUAUGGCAUGCCGCGCAGCACGUUGUAUGGUCGAGUGGAGCGUUACAGGUAUCUGCAGAAUCAGUUGGCUAAGUCGGCGGCCGAGAAUCCCCCACCCACACCUGUGGAGGACAAACCAAUUCGGUCGUCCAGUCGCCGCAGCUCGAGGUCCAUGAGCUCCUCCGACACGGCCAGCCCCCGAACGCCCCGUCGUUCCAGGGCUCAGCCGCUGGCUGCUGAUUCAUCAACUUCCGCUCAACCAUCACUUAGCGUACGACCGGCUGCCGCUGUGCCCAACAGUAGCGCUCAGCGUCCAAAGAAGAAAGAGUACCCUAGCUCAUGGCCGGAUCUCGCGGUACUCAUCAGCCGACGACUCGCAGUGUCUCUCGAUGAGGUAGAAGCCUACGAUCGCGCCAUCGUCAGCGUUCUUGCCGGCCGAGCGAGCGCGGAAGAGGCAGCCGCUGAGGUCGGUUGCUCUCCAAUGUGGAUCGUGGCUCAAACAAAGCGCUACCGUCGCGAACCUAGCCGGUUCCAGUUCCGUCGGCGAUUUUCGGGCGCGGAUAGCUGCUACCUUCCCGAUUCCGCCACCACAGAUACCGAUCAACCAUUUUCGGAUGCGGACAGUGAUGACUCGGGCGGUGGACCGUGGCACGGUUUUCCAUUGGAGGUGAAGCUCGCGUGUGAGGCGGACGCACCGGCCGAUGGAGGGGUUGAGCCGCUGCCCCUGCUUGAUGCCCUCGUUGCCCGUGGGUCUGUGCAUGGUUGGGGCGUCAGUGAUGGCUCGGAUACCCCUCGAGAGGCUGAAUGUGGGAAGAGACAGUCGGACGAUCAACCAGGUAGCUCAUCGCCCUGUCCGUCACCGGUGCAGGAUCGGAUAGGCGGGUCCGCAACUGAACCGAGGGUGGGCGAAACGACAGGGCCCGGCGAUGGUAAGACCGAUCAGCACGAGGACACUGCACCUGAGAGUCCAUUACAGCCUGCUGGGAGUCCUGUGCCGCCGGUGGAAAGUCUGUCGCCUGUUGAGAGUCCUGCGUCUGCUGAGAGUCCGACACGCGCUGACAGUCCAACGCAUGUUGAAAGCACAUCUUCUGCUGACAACUCGCCUGAGUGCUCGUCGGCAGCUGCCGAGAACAAUGCAACUGUCGCUAGUCCACGUCCUGCCGAGAAAUCAUCUCAUCACUCAUCUCCAUUUGAUAACAGUUCAUCUGCUGAUAAACCACUGCCUCAAGAGAGCUUACAAAGGUCUAUUGGAAGCCCAUCACCGCCCACUGAGCUUGUCGACAGCUCGAGGGCAUCUUCUGCGCCCAAAGAAAGCCCACGAGCGUCUCCUGAGCCUUAUGAGAGCCCACGGGCGUCUGCUGAGCCUCUUGAGAGCCCACGGGCGUCUCCUGAGCCUCUUGAGAGCCGACAAGCGUCUGAUGAACCUUUUAAAGGACUCCUUCCAGCUGAUGAGCCUGCUGAGGAGCUUUCGUCACCUGCCGAGCCCGGUGAGAGUUCUCAAGAUUCUACGGAGCCUGUUAAACCUGCUGAAAUCUCUCGCGCGACUGCUGAGGCCACUGAGAGUCCCGAGGCUACUGCCAAAGACGUCGAGAGUCAGCAGGCUUGCACUGAGCUCAGCGAGAAUCCACAGGUGGCUGAACAGACUAGUGAGUCUGCCGAGGGUCAUCAAGCAGUUGAGUCGGCCAAGUCCACUGAAAGUCCACCGCAACCGACAGAGUCUGUCGGGAGCCGUCCUGACUCAGUCGGUGGCGCUGGUGACAAUGGGUCUUUAACCAGCCCCACUGGCAGUCAAUCUGACGCAAGUGGCACGCCAGAGAGGAGAACCACGAGAAGUCGAAAGCGAGCCGAAUCAGAGCGAAGCAGCGGCCGUCGAGACCGUUCCGACGAGUCAGAUGGACGGUCACAGGAUAGAAAGAAGAAGAAAAAGAAGAAACAUCACUCGUCGGAUCGUGAAGAUGGCAGUCGGCGGCGUUCGAAGGAUAGGAAAAAGAAGAAAAAGAAACGACGAAGCUCAUCACAUGAGAAGGAGAGACAAGGACGAUCUCGUCACAAGAAGCAUCGAGAUCAUGAAAGUGUGGACGAGCUCAUUCUGAAGACGAAGAGAAGGGAAAGUCUUAGGCUGGCAAAGGAAAAGCAGUCUCGACAGACUGAACUACAGCAGUCUCGUCCUGUGGAACCUGAAAGCAAAGACGAUCAAGCCGCCAAGAAAACGCCUGUUGCUGACAGCAAUGUCCGAGGUACUAGCAACACAGUACCAGCCAUGAGUUCCCCGAAAACCGACAAAGAGAAGGCAGAGAGUGAGCCAGUUGCCGUAAUUGACAAGUCGGCCGCAGAAGUCGUAGAGAACGAAGAGGCGGAUGUGGAUGGAAAUUUGGAGGAUAACCAGUCGCCAGCCAAACCCAGCGCUGGGUCUCCUCACAAGAGCAAUGCGGAUGAAGUUGGCAAGUUGAUUAAAGGAGCCGUGGAGAGCGAAGAGGCGGCUAAAGAUAAAGCUUUGGAGGAUAACCUCUCGCCAGCGGAACCCAGCGCUGACUCUCCCGAGGAGAGCAAAGAGAAUGAGAGUGAGAGUGUCGCAUCAACUGCAAAUGAUGGCGGGCAAGGGCCUCCCGCAGAAGCUUUACAGGACAAGACACAACCUUCUAAAAAUGGUGUCAGCGGAGAAGAGGCAGCGCCUCUCACGAAAGAAGAAGAGGCUACGCUGUUUGCCGAUAGUGGCGCAACCGCUACAAGCAGUGAAGAGCCGCUACCUGUCACUAAGCAUGACGAAGCUCUGUAUGCGUGGCUGAUCGGUCACAUGGGCUCCAAGAAGGCGGCUGAGAAGUUUCACGUGUGUCGAAAACACCUGCGUGGCCGGCGAGAUACGAUGACAAGGGAUCAGCGCAUUAGUUUCCUGAAACGAAUGCGCGACUUCUAUCAGGUAAGAGACGCCGGGAAGACGAAAACACCAGCCGCAGCGCCUGCCCAGCGUUCACGACCACCCUCCACCCGACCAUCCAAGCCGCGCCCAUCGUUCGGUGAGGCCCUCAUGCUUCCAGAGACUGCGAUGAUUUCCCCUCCUCGGCGCCGUGCCGAGACCGAUUCGCCUCAGCCUAGCGGGGACCCAGCAUCUCGACUACUCUCUGAGGCAGAAGUAUGCGUCGUGUUGGACGAACUGCGCGCAGGCCAGAGUACAACUGCUAUCACGGGACGCUAUAAGAUCACCCGAAACUGGCUGACGCGAUUCUCUGAUGAGUACGCCGCCGGUCGUAGUGAUAAGGAUAUCUACCAACUUUAUGUGCGCACGGCCUCCGCGCGUACAGAUCAAGAUAACAUCGCACGGGCUGUGGCGCUCGUCCUCAAGGGUCACAGCGUCAAGAAGAUCGCUCGACAGAGUAACCUUGGCGUUAACGUCCUAAACUAUCACAUCAAGAAGCAUCGAGAGCGUCAGGCUGCUACGGGAGGCGCGGGAGAUCAAGCUAAGCCAACUGGCGAGGUAGCUGCAGCAGCAGGGGCACCAGAGGCUCGUCCCGAGCGUUUGACAAAGACAGCACUUCGUCACUUGAUUCGGAAGCUGAUGGAUUGUGCUGAGACUGAUGUCAGCGGUAAGGCGGAGCUUGAAUCACAGCUGGCUUUGCCUCAGCGUCAUGUGAACCGCCUCCUUCAGAUGGCUAGUCGUAAAGGCACCGCGCCGGCAGCUGUGUUUUCCCUGUACUGUCGACUUUGGCGUGAGGCGGGUGACGAAAAAGCAACAACUACAUCAAGUCGAAAGGACAGCCUUGCGGCCAGCGUUCUAGCCCAUGGACCUGGGGGUGACGGUCCUGGAGCCGUGAAGGAUGGACCAUCAGGUUCUAAGGAUGAACCAGUAGCUGAAAGCGGGUCAGCUACUAAGGAUGCACCAGCAACGGAUGCAAACAAACCAGCAUCAAAGAAGGACGAACCAGCAGUGAAGGACGACAGUGGCGAUCCCGGAGCAGCCAUUGCACCAGCAGACGGAACGCCAAGUGGCGACACCCCUGGCCGCUCACGACGACAGCGUCGACCUCCCAAACACCUGGAAGGGUACCUCGACGUAGCGGUGCCAUCUCCCGAACGGCCCGCAGCCCCAGCCGAGCCGGCUGUAGCCGAUCUUUGUGCCCGUGCAGAGUCUGCGGCACGUGCGGCGUUUGCCGUUGAGCGAGGCGUGUGUCUGCCGUCAGAGGCGCCCGCCCGAUUCAAAGUGACUCCCGAAGAGCUGGCGGAGGCUUCGCGAGCUCUCGGAAACAUGCCUGUGAUCAAGAAGAAGUUGAACACCCUGGGGAUGCGCCGUGCGGUGGCUGCGGUCCUCAGGGGACAUACCCAGCAGUGGGCGGUCAGCAUGUGCAAGGUUACACCGAUGGGACUCUGGAAGACCCUGAAACGUCUCCGUCAGGCCGGUCUCAUCGGUCAGCACAUCGGCAAGCGUCGCUUCAUCGGUGGCGACUCGGAGCCGGCGCCUUCGAAGGACGACUCAGCUGACGGAACGGCGGAUGAGACGUCACAAGAGGCGCCUAUGGAAGAUGCGUCUUCUGCCGCAACGGCAGACGAUUCCGAUGAUAGUGACACCGAACAGCAGGCGUCUGAUGACGAAGUGCCAAUGGGGGACAGCCUCGACCUGUCGAACUUGGAGCCCAACAUGCUUGCGGCAGUAAAGGCCGUUCUCAGCGGCGAUUCCAAAGCAUUGGCGGCCAAGAAGUACCGUGUUGAACGGAAGGACCUCAUCGAAACCCUCCGUAAGCGGGCGGUCACGCCGAUUGGAGUUCUAGGUUCAAGUGAGUUUCAAUUGCGCGUGGAUGGGUCUGCGUCAUUAUCCCAGCCAGUGAGGGAAGCGAUCAAUGCGGUGACCUCUGGGAAGAUGUCCCGUGCGGCGGCCGCAGCGCACUAUGGUGUCUCGGUGAAAUACCUCUACAAUCUAAUUAUAAACAAGAAAAAGAAGAGACAGCCAACCCGUGAGACGCUACCGUUGAAGACUGCUGCCGAUUCCCGCCUGGAUCGCAUUCGUGCGGCGCUGGCCGAGGCUCGGAAGGGUAAAGAAUCCAGAGCUGCCAUUGCCAAGAAGUACGGCAUGAGCUACUUUACGUUCUACUAUUACUGGAAGCGGCAACAGGAGGGCAAACCGCUACCGUCAAGUUCCAGACUACGAUCAACGAAGGCGACUGUACCGGACCGUCCUCCGCCUGCGACGCCUCCGUCUGAACAGCCAGCCUCGCCUGCCGUCGACCCGAGUAGCAUCUCGGACGUGAUGCGGAAAGCCAUCGGCUCAGUAAUCCUGGGGAAGAUGUGUGUGAAGGCUGCGUCGACGCUACACCGAGUACCAUUUGGUCAACUGAAGUCACUGUGCCAGAGCAUGACUGCGCGCUACGACAGUAAAGGUGCCUUGGUGGUCGAGGCUGCCAGCGAGGUACCACCGCCACAGUCGACAUCAGUAGCAGCCUCCCCGGCGCAACCGCAGGCUCCGACGUCACCGGCGCCAUCCCCGGCAGGUGCGGGAGUAAGUGUGGACGAAGCGAGUCUGCUUAGGCUGAAACCGAACAUGCAGGCCGCAGUGCGUGCUGUCUUGUCCGGUGAGUCGCGUAUCGAAGCUGCUUAUAAGCAUCAUGUAAACCGCACCAGUCUCGGACAACACUUGCUGAAAAUGGGUGUGCGGUGUCGAACGUUGUCCCACACACCGACGCGUGGGCCGGAGGCCAGCCGACAACAGUCCAAAGAAUCAGAAACUGGCUCGGGGGCUAAGGAGGUCGCCAAGACGGCAAAGACUGAACCUCAAACAGAGCCAGAGACGAACCCACAGGCUGGCCAACCGGCGGGCACUGAGCCGGCGAAAUCGGGAUCGAACCCAUCGACUGUCGAAGAGAAGCGACUCGCCGGGCUGAAGCCGCAAAUGGCGGCAGCGGUACGUGCAGUGCUGGCCGGUUCAUCGCGAGAGGAAGCAGCCGAAGCGCACGGAGUCUACUCAGGAAAACUACUUCGGGUGCUGCGCUGCCGCGAUCUGAUCACGCCGGCCGUCUCUAAACUGACGUUGACCCGCACUCCCGCCGGUUACCAAGUGAGCCGUGCGGUGGCGACGGGCAGCAGCGGUAAGGACGGCCUGCCGCUUCGUGAGGCAGUGGAACGCGUGCUUCUUUUGGGUGAACAAGCCAAGGAUGUUGCGAGUUCAGAGUCGCUGGAUGCGAAGCUGUUGGAAAAGCACUGCCUUCGUCGACCGGCGCCGGAGCCACACUUCCACGCCGUGCGGGACGAGAUUCCUGUGAUGUAUGCAGCGAUGGCUCUGUGUGACCAAGGUUGGGAUAUCAACACCGACAGUCUGCGAUGGAUGUUCGAACAGUUCCUCGAGAAGUCGGGCCAGUCUGUGCCUCCGGCAGACUCCGACUGGCUCAGUCUCGAGACUUUGUACUGUCGCUGGCCUGAAGUGCGCGAUCAAAUCUGUACUGAUCCAGGCAAGCCCACUGCCGAAUUCGAAGCCGCAUUCCUUCAGGCUCUCCACACUGUCUGUGACGAAUUAGAGCUGAAACUCGGCGAGGUGGUGCUACACGACGCGGAGAGCGCACGACGACGACGUACACGAGAGGUACUCCCUCUACCUGUAGCAGCAGAGCCACCGCCUGGUCACAUCUGGGACAACCGAAAUGGUACCUGGAUACUGGAGAAAGACGGAAAGCAGCAGGCGUUCUUCGAAGUGGAUACAAUUCUGGCGAGGCGAGAGGCGGCGACUGAGGGCGGCCAGCCAGAAUACCUCAUCAGAUGGAAGGGCUACACCGACGCAUGGAACACCUGGGAGCCCGAGGGCAACCUCGAGUGUACCGACACGCUGGCGGCCUUCCAGCGUCGCUGGGACACGGUAGCGGAGGAGGAGCGCCGGCGGAUCAUAGCCGAGUUCAGCCCCGUGGCUCCCGCCCCUGGCCUCGCCCCGGCGGCGGCAGCCGCAACGCCGGCAGGACAGCAGCGGAAAGGGCGCCCGCCAAAAAUAGGACAGCAAACGCUGGAUUCCAUGGCCGCAGCUCGACAAGGCAAGGCAGAGAAGAGCGCCUCAAAACUCCGAGUGCGCACAGAUCUGAUGUCUUCGACCUCCUCACCUGCCACUGCCUCACCCGCCACCGCUGCUACGCGUGCUGCCACGCCUACAGCUACGCCAAGCGCUGCCUCCACGGAAUCAGUCGAGCCGUCGCCGUCUGCUGAUGAAACUCGAUCGCGACGCUCAACCAAAGCACGUGCCAAUGCGCUGUUCAAGCAGUGGCUGGUGUCACCGAAGCUGGCCACGAAAAAGGCGGUGCAAGAGUCGCUCGCUGAUACUCCGCCAGCAGCCGGUGUGGACGACAGACCACCUCCCGGGAUCCCAGCAACUCCUUCGCCAUCAGUCAGCACCAAGACGAGCGCUAGCACAAGCGCUAGUGCCACUAGCGCCACCAAGGGCCGAUAUCGUCCAAACCUCAGCGUCUCGCGCGCCCUCUCAGGCAGUUCCAGGGGCGGUCAGCGGCGCAUUGACGAGUUUGUCAGGCGUGGCAGCAGCGGCGGCGCUCGGCUGGGCCGGGCCCCUUCGCCACCGCCACCACCGCCGCCACAGAAAGUGCCGAAGGUGACACCGCCUUCGGCUUCCGCUUCUGAAGACAGCGAGAAAGGCAGACCGGAGCGGCGAAGCUCGACAGAGUGCAGCCGACCGCCACCGGUACCGGUUGAAAAGGAGAUCAUUGAUAGCGAGACAGAACGACUGAGGAAGCUGGAUGAAGAGCUGAGGCUGUUAGAUGAAGAGGAGGCAGCUGCUGGGGUUGGCGCGGAGCCGGUGGAUGAUGGAGCUGUAGAUGGGGACACUGACGAGGGAGAGGAUGAGACUGACUCGGGAGAGACUGCUGAGACUGUCUCGAAAGAUCCUGAGGAAGCGAGUGUGUCGAAGCGAGCAGACGUGGAAGAAAGGGUUGAGACAAUAACUGGAGAAAGUGCGAAUGAUAAAGACAAUAGAGAUAGGAGAUCGAGUAGAAGGGUAUCUGAGAGUGAAUCUAGGACCUCAAAAGAGGCAGACAAGAGAAGAAUCUCAGGGAACGUUGAAAGGGUGGAAAAGGAGAAGGUGGUGGAGAAAGACGGGGACCAAGAAAAGUCGGAAACUGAUUCUACCGCUGCAACGGGAUCCGAGACCAAGAGGCGAACCAGAAGAGACAGCGAGAGAGAAAGGCGAGCUUCGAUUGACGCGAGGAACGAAAGGAGGAUCUCAAGAAGCGUUGAAAGUGAGAAAGUAUCUUCAGAGGGCGCUGAAAGCAAAGGAGAUGAUUCUACCAAAGAUGAUAAGGACAGGAAGCCCUCAGCGGAAGCGGGAAAGAAAAGGAAGGCUUCAGAGGAUAAUGAGAAAGUGGUUCCGGAGGAGGUCAGAGGCAAAAGAAGAGCUUCAAGAGAAGUUCUGAGCGAAAGGAGAGUUUCAGUAGACCUCGAGAAUAGCAAGAAGGCUGAUAAGGAACUCGAGAGGAAAGAAGUUUCAAAGAAAGUUGAGAUUGAACGAAAGGUCUCAAAGAAGCCCGAAGUCUCAGGGAAGACGGAGAAGGAAGCAGUGGGCGAGAAAGGUCCGGCGAAGGACACGAGUAACAAAGAAAGUGACACAGUUAAAACCAAGGAUGUUGCGACGCCUCCACUGAAAGACAAACCCGUGCCCGACUCGAUCCCGACGCCUUCAGCCGCCUCGGUGACAGUCCAACAGCCCGUGGUGGUGAUAAAACGUGGCAGAGGUCGGCCUCCAAAAUCUCCAGAGAAGCGGGCUCUUCAGGAGGCAAGGCUGGCCGCUCUAGCCGCAUCUCCUGCGGCGGUAAACCGACCCAAACCAGCUCGUCUUUCCCUACCGCUGGACGACGAUGUACCGCUUUCCAAGCGACGUCGACCGUCCGGAGCUGACGAACCCCAGACCCCAACACCUGACUCAGCGGUCGGGAAACGUCAACGCAAGGUGCCGAAACGUUUCCUCGACGGCGAGACUUUACUCUGGGGAGAGACCCCGCUAUCUUUGAUGGCGAGCCAUCCAACCGACGACGGCGUGGACCCUUCGCCAGCUGCCAGUCGUCCGUCUAAGCCAUCCCCGGCCUCGCAGCCAGCAGCGUCCAAACCAGCGCCUCGCCCGGCGGCGGCGGAGCCCGAUUCUCCACGCCCCAUCACCUUCGAGCCUCCGAGCAAGCGGAAACCGAUCGUUUUCGUGUCUCCGAUCAGGAAAGACGGCAGCACACCAGCGUCAGCAAGCGUUGGCUCGACCGCUCGCAGACUCGAUCUGGAUAGCUCGCAGGCUGGUCAAGCCACAAAACGUAAAAUCAUCAUCCGGACGGUGGGUAAGCCGUUCAACAAGCCAGCACCAAAGGCACCGUCUCCUGACCCACCGAUGAUGAUUCUGGACGAAAGUGCGGAUGUGGUCAUCGAAGAUGGGCCGGUGAUAAUCGACGAAUCUGGUCAGCUGGUUCCGGCCCGUUCGGUUCCCGCUCCUGAACCGACGCCUCCACCGCCAGCUCCGGCUCCCGUCAAGACUGUGGUCGUAACCGUCCCGCCGCCAACCCCCACGACACCCGCACCCGACGUGCCUGUGAAAAGGCGACGUGGUCGGCCGCCGAAAAUUCGCCUACCUGAUGGAUCGACUCCUGUCUCUUCGCCUUCUGCCGCUAAAACACCGGCGGCCAGUCUGCCUCCUGGCAAAACGCCCCCGCCGGGCAAGAAGCGUGGAAGAAAGCCAAAGCCGAAACCUGAACCCGAGCCGGAGCCUGUACCUGAGGAAGUGGAAGAGCCCGAAGAGGUCACCCUGGAUCUCAGUUCGCUGGUGGACCCGCUGGCUGGAGCAGAUCUGGACGCUGAUGUCGGCUAUUUUGACGUCAAUGGACAGUUUGUUGAGAGGAGUCCCGUGAAGGCGGACUGGUCGGCCGGCGGAGCGCAGUUCGGACUGGACGCGGCGGCCGGUGGUGAUCCAGGUGUCCUGGACAGUUCGCUGGUACUAGUUCACCCGGACCCCCAGCUGGACGGACUUUGUAUAGGCGGUGAGGCAAUCUAGGCCCACUGCAUCAAAGAGCAGCUGACGGAGGCGCAGACCUUGCGCUUCCGAUAACGUCGUCAGAGCCGCUGGCAAGAAGACUGACGCCAGAAAACUCGCCGGCAUGGACUACUGGCCGGUGGAUCUAGCGUCAGGCACUUCUAGCCGAGUGAGAUGGAGGCCAGAGACACUACUAUCUCGCAGAUACUGUUGUCAUAUACUACUGGCCCUUGGAGGGUGACGUUUGAGACGUCUUACAUAAAGAAAGCUGCCGUACUGGAGCCUGUACAAAAGUUUGCGCUCGACGCAGAGUGUAGACUAACGUUGACCUGUAUCACUGAAAUCAGUGGGUGUGAGGUCGGGGUGGGGAGGGAGGGAGGGGCUGGGGGUAAUUUGCGCGUGUGACUGUGACGAGGCUGUAGACCUAUGCAUUAGUCGUGCGCCGCCACGUUAGGCGGCUUCUUGUAGUCGUUUAAGCAGUGUCGCUGGCGACCGUGCAGCCUCCCAUUCGUAUGCUAUUUUUGUGUCCUGCGGUCGAGAUGCAUUUGGUGAAACUGAGCAGUAUUUCAUUAUGGAACUACCUGUCUGUCUGCGCUGAUCACUGCUGUUGUAUAGCGGCGCUCACUGUCGUUUCGCUGUAGCGAUAAUACACACAGUGCACUUGUUUUUAA